AUGCCCGCGCUCGAGUUUCUUGUGUUUGCCCUCGCUGGCACUGUAGCGGCCUCACCCUCUCUCCUCUCAAGGGACAUCUCUCCUGAUAACAGUUGCGGCACGACUGGAAACGGGGGUAGCCCAUCGGCAUACACCUGCCCAACAGACUUGCCGUGCUGCUCGAUCUAUGGCUGGUGUGGCUCUACCGAUGCGUACUGCUUGACGUCCAACGGCUGCCAGACCGGGUUCGGGACGUGUCAGCAGGACGGCAGUCCGCCAACGAGUUCGGGUGAUAAUGGCAAUUCAGGCACUGGGCUCUGUGGCCCAGACAAUGGGAACGCCAGCUGCGCCGCGAACGAAUGCUGUUCUGCUGCUGGGGCCCCAGACUGCCUCUUUCGGUUCGGGCCGGCAUGCGAUGCCAACAAGAUUCCGCCGGGUCUCAACACCUCCAGUAUCGCCCGACCCAAGCUCGGUCAGGUCGAUUAUGGUGGUCCUGGCGUAUACAGCUGUAUCAACCCCGGUGAUGUUGCCCUGACGUACGACGACGGUCCGGCUUCGUACACCAACGACUUGCUGGAUCUCCUCAAGAGGUACAACGCCACGGCGACGUUCAUGAUUACGGGCAACAAUAACGCCAAGGGCGAGAUUGACAAUGCGACGUUCCCCUGGGUCAACACCAUCAAGUACGCUCCCUGCCUGCUUCACAUUGCCCCUUGUAUCAUGGCUAACGUCACACCCAAUGAUAGGCGGAUGUACGCCGAUGGCCAUCAAAUCGCUAGCCAUACCUGGUCUCACGCCGAUCUGUGCAAGAUCACUUCGGCUCAGCGCAAGGAUGAAAUGUAUAAGCUGGAAAUGGUAUCAUUGCUGACUGGUCCUAAGGCUCUCCGCAACAUCAUCGGCGUCAUUCCUACUUAUAUGAGACCCCCCUACUCCUCCUGCACGGCUGAGUGCGGUUGUGAGGACGACAUGAAGGCCCUGGGCUACUCGGUCAUCUACUUCGACCUUGACACGGCCGACUACCUACACGACAGCCCGACCGAGAUCCAACAGUCCAAAGACAUUGUCGACCAGUCUAUUGCCGCCAAGCCCGCCGCUAGCGAUAAUUUCCUCGUCAUCGGCCAUGACAUACACCAGCAGACGGUUUACAACCUCACUGAGUACAUGCUCCAGAAGUUCCAGGGUAAGAAGAUGGUGACCGUUGGCGAGUGCCUCGGCGACCCCAAGGAGAACUGGUAUCGCAGUGAUGCCCGCACCACGCUUGGUUGA